AUGUCGCAAAAGAAAAAUAAAAUGUCAUUAAAAGAGUUUAUUGCGGAUGACAAUUUCGGAGGCUCAUGGGCCGAUGAUGAUUUUGAUCCUUCGUCGAUUAGUGUACCAAUCCAAAACAAUCCACAUCUCCCAAAAACUGACAAUAAUGUUUAUGAUUGGCGCAAGCAUAAUCUUAAUAAUUAUGAUCCUGAUGAAAUUCCGAGACCAGUGCAUCAUUAUAAUGAACGGUCAUUUCAUCGUGAUCAUCCUCCCGAGCUUCCAGUAAAUUUUCCAGAGCCAUUUAUUCUCAAAUUUUCAAAUCUUAGUCCUGAUUUCAACAAUGACUUUCUUGUCAAGCUUUUUAAUAAUUAUUUGGAUAUUAUUGGAUGCUUUCCAGAUUUCAUUCAACAAAACCAAUAUUAUUUCCGUAUUCACUACCAGCAGGGCCGUGGGAUUAGACUCAAAAAAUUUAAGCUUUUCUGGGAGCUCAAAGAAAAUGAAAACAUUGAGACUCAUAAAAAAGUUGCAUUUGUGGAGUUUAAUAACUUGCUAGAUUUAAAUCUUUCCCUAAUGUGGGAACAACAGGGAAUUCAUAACCAUGAUAUUAUUAAUUAUACUGAUUUCCUUGCAGGUAUUAAAGCUCGGUAUGAGAAGUACACUGAUCAGGAUCGUCUUCAGAAUAAAGAUGACCAAAUUCACAUUGAAGUUGCCAACUUCGAAGAUUUCUCUAGGUACCAAAAAUCUCAAGAAUAUCAGGAAAGUAUUACUCAUUCACAUCAUGAAUAUAUUAAAAAUCAGCAAAUGAAGAGAAGGGGUUCUAUUGGGUCGCGAACUUUCGGACAUGGUAAUGUGGCUCCCUCAAGUCCUUCAUAUGCACAUGCUCAAUCCAGUUCCAACUCACUUGUCUCAAACUUGGCACAUCAACAAAUUGUGAAACUUGUGGAAGCACCUUCAAAGCCAAAAGCAAACCCAUUUGGGAAUGCUAAGCCGGUUGAUACAUUAUCAAAGGAAUUGGAGCUCGAAGAAAUUAUGAGCAGGCAUGCUAUCAACUCUACCACCUUCAAAUUAGGAGUAAAAGAUAGUGAAUUGAAGGAGUUCUCAGUUAUUCACCCAGAGCCAAUUGCUGAAGCCGAGGAAAAUGCUAAUGAAGAAACUAUUAAUGAAAAAACAGCUAUAUUUGAGAACACAGCUGAUAACAUUGAAGAAAGUACAUUUGUUGAGCCUACAGUCUCGGAAAAAAAGGUCAAGAAAACCCCUAGACUUGUACUCAGCAAAGGAACGUCGAAAUUCAUGGAAGGUAAUAAGACACAACAAAAUGGAAAAAAGAAUCAGAGAAAAUCAAUUGGAAACCUUAAACCAUCAGCAGUUGCCCCUGGUGUUUCGUAUUCGUCUGUGGCUGCCAAUACAUGGAAGUCCAAUUCUGCGACACCAAGCCCAGGUGCAAGUAACAAGUCUAGUCCGGCACCAAAGACAAAAUUUAUGAAAAAGGCUCAGUCCGACUCUCUAUCACAAGAACAAUCAACUAUUCCAAAUAGGGCAACAUCUCCCGUUAUUCUGAAUGCUGUGCAGAAUAAGCGUGAGCAAGCGAUGUUUAAACCAAAGAUUUUGAAACGUAAUGGAAAUGAGCCUGUAAUCCAACAAAAACCAAAACUUGUGACCAAACCUCUUCCUCCAAGUAAUAAACCUGUUGCAGACGUUGAGCUGAUCAAACGCCCGGAUUUGAAACAGAAACCGAUAACAAAACCAAAAGAAGAUGUUAAAGAGAAAAGCGCUAGUUCAACAGCUUUGAUGGCCAAAGAAGGUAAAUCAUCAAAACAAUCAAAGGCACUUACAAGCGUUGAUAUUCGUGCUCUAGAGAAAUCGAGCUCUACUUCACGUGCUAUUGAAGAUGCCCAACAAGCGCCAGCAACCAAUUGUCGUCAAAUAGGCAAGAAUGGGGUAAAUCGGACGAGGGCACAACCAACAGAAAUUAAGGUUAAAGGUGAAACUAAAAUUAAAGGUGAAAAGAAGCCUAGAGGUGAAAAGAGAUCUAAAGAUGAAAAGAAAGCGGAAGGUGAAAAGAAAGCCGAGGGUGAAAAGAAAUCUGAAAAUUAUGAACCAAAACUUAGUGCUAAAGUAGCGGAAACCAAUGGUAGCUCGACUGAGUCCAAUAUUACCAUUCCUGUUGAUGAACAUCCAAAUACUAGUGGUAAUGAGAGGCAUUCUGGAAGAGGUGGAUAUUUGGGCCGCGGAAGGGGAAGGGGAAGAGGAAGGGGCCGUGGUAGAGGCCGUGGUAGAGGACGCGGUGGGUAUCAAGAAGGUGCCUAUUUCGCAAAAACUACUGUCUUCAAUCGCCCAAAAGAAAAUAAAUGA